AUGUUUGGACAGGCUCAGGGGCUGCCCUCGGGGAACGUGGGGCUCGAGGCGGGGGCGAGCGGCGCGGCCCCCGGCCCCGCGGCUCCCGUGUCGCGUUGCAAAGAGCGAACGCCGGGGGAUGGCCGGGCCGGGGCGGGUGAGGGGCGCUCGGGGGCCGUUGCUGGCCCCGGGCCGAGCGCUGACAGCCGCGUCCCGCCCGCAGGGAAGGCGCAGGAGGCCCUGCAUGAGCGGUACUGGCUGGGCUCGCUGCUGGGACGUGGAGGAUUCGGCAGUGUCUGGUCGGGGACGCGGCUCUCGGACGGCACCCCGGUGGCCAUCAAAAAGGUGCCACGGAACCGCAUCUGGCGUUGGAGCGAGCUGCCCGACGGCACCAGCGCACCCCUGGAGGUUGUGCUGCUGGACAAGGUGUCCAGUGGCUUCUCCGGUGUGGUCCAACUGCUGGAAUGGCUUGAGCUCCCCAGCGACAUUGUGAUGGUGCUGGAGCGGCCAGAGCACUCUCAGGACCUCCUGCAUUUCAUUCGGGCACGGGGGUUCCUGCGUGAGGAGGUGGCACGGCAGCUGUUCCGCCAGGUGCUGGAGGCCGUGCGGCACUGCACCAGCUGCGGGGUCCUGCACCGCGAUAUCAAACCAGAGAACAUCCUGGUUGACCUGGCCACCGGGCAGGCCAAAUUGAUUGACUUUGGCUGUGGCACCUACCUGCAAGAGACAGCCUACACUCACUUUGCAGGAACACCAUCAUACAGCCCCCCGGAAUGGACCCGCUUUGGCUGGUACCAUGGCGAGCCAGCUACCAUCUGGUCCCUGGGCAUCCUGCUGCACGAGAUGGUCUGCGGGAAGAUG